UUCAUUCGAAUUUGCGCCUGAUUUUUCAGUUUGAACAACGUGAUAUUUUUGAAUCAAGAAAUAGGAAGUUUUUGAAGACAUUUUUUGAAAAUUAACUAAUUUAUUUCAUUAUUAGAAUUCUUACACAUUUACAUUGUAUGGAUAUACUAUAAAUAAGACAGAGAAUGGAAGUAUCUGACGCCAACUUGCAGGCCUUGGCAGGAUAUUUACAACAGACACUUUCUCCAGACAUAUCUGUGAGAAAGCAAGCUGAGCAGUUUCUGGAGUCAGUAGAGGGAAAUCAGAACUAUGGACUUCUUCUCCUAACCCUGUUAGACAGAGAUGGAGUUGAGCCCCACAUUCGUGUCAGUGCAGCGGUCACAUUCAAAAAUUUUAUCAAACGCAACUGGAGAGUGACUGAUACUGACAAGAUUCAUGACAAUGACCGAAACACCAUCAAACAGCAGAUUGUGGGAUUGAUGUUAAAAAGUCCAGAGCAAAUACAAAAACAGUUGAGUGAUGCUAUCAGCAUAAUAGGAAGAGAAGACUUCCCAGACAAAUGGCCAAAUCUCAUCAUGGAAAUGGUUGAGAAAUUUCAGACCGGGGACUUCUAUGUUAUCAAUGGAAUUCUGCAUACAGCCCAUUCUUUGUUUAAAAGAUAUCGACAUGAAUUCAAAUCUCAAAAACUCUGGGAGGAAAUCAAAUUUGUCCUGGAAAAUUUUGCAAAGCCUUUCACUGAGCUCUUCAAUGCAACAAUGGACUUGGCAACAAAGCAUGCCUCUGACCCCAGUGCUCUAAAAGUUAUAUUCAGCUCCAUUGUCCUUAUUUGCAAAAUAUUCUACAGUCUAAAUUUUCAGGAUUUGCCAGAACAUUUUGAAGACAACAUGAGCAUAUGGAUGACCCAUUUUCUGACACUGUUGAGUGCUGACAACAAAAUUCUACAGACACAAGACGAGGAAGAAGCUGGCCUGUUAGAGCAAGUGAAGUCUCAGAUCUGUGACAAUGUGGCACUCUAUGCUCAGAAGUACGACGAAGAGUUCUCUCCUCAGUUACCCGCUUUUGUCACCGCCAUCUGGAAUCUCCUGAUCUCGACUGGACUACAAGUGAAGUACGACGAUCUGGUGAGCAAUGCUAUCCAGUUUCUGGCUUCUGUUGCCGAGCGUCCGUCGUACAAACACCUCUUUGAAGACCCUGCUACUCUUGCCAGUAUCUGUGAAAAAGUCAUUGUUCCAAACAUGCAGUUCAGAGAUGCUGAUGAGGAGCUGUUUGAGGAUAACCCGGAGGAGUACAUCAGGAGAGACAUUGAAGGAUCAGAUGUGGACACCAGGAGACGGGCGGCCUGUGACCUUGUACAGGCCCUCUGUAAGUCGUUUGAGGGGCCGGUCAUUCAGAACUUCUCCCAGUAUGUCCAGGGAUUGCUACAGGAGUAUUCUAGUAACCCUGCACAAAACUGGAAAGCCAAAGAUGUGGCUGUGUACUUAGUGACAUCAUUAGCAGCAAAGGCUCAAACACAAAAGCAUGGGAUAACACAAACAAGCACCCUUGUAAAUGUGACUGAUUUUUACCAAGCUCACAUUCUACCAGAUAUUCAAAAUCCUGAUGUCAGCUCAACUCCAAUAUUAAAAGCAGAUGCCAUUAAAUAUUUGAUGAUAUUUAGAAAUCAGAUCCCGCAUGAAGCUUUGGUAGCCAGUAUGGCCAAUCUUGUGCUGUACUUGAAGGCCCCUAGUGUGGUUGUCCACUCCUACGCUGCCCACACUAUAGAAAGGAUUCUUAUGGUGAAAAAGCCUGAUGGCAGUGGACCUGUCAUUACACAUGGACUGAUAAAAGGUUGUGUAGGUGAUCUGAUGAACAACUUGAUAGCUGCCAUGAACCACCCAGGCUCUGCAGAAAAUGAAUACAUUAUGAAAGCACUGAUGAGAAGCAUGUCGACAUUACAAGAAGAUUUGUUGCCUAUGAUGGAACAGCUUUUGAAAUUCCUCACCGAGAAACUUAAACAAGUCAGCAAGAACCCCAGCAAACCUCAUUUCAACCACUACCUGUUUGAGUCAAUCUGUGUUGGAAUCAGGACCACAUGUAAACACAGCCCUGGGGCGGUGGUACAGUUUGAACAAGUCCUGUUUGAACCAUUCACAUUUAUUCUUCAGUCCGAUGUUCAAGAGUUUCUGCCCUAUGUGUUUCAAAUCUUGUCUUUACUGAUUGACCACCACCCUGAGGGUAAAGUGGCUGACACAUACAUGGCUCUCUUCCCCCACCUGAUGGCGCCGGCUCUGUGGGAGAGGCCAGGAAAUAUCCCCCCACUGGUCCGUCUCCUGCAGGCCUACAUAGAGAAAGGAGGGAAACAGAUAGAGACAGAGAAAGUUAAUGGAUUACUUGGGAUAUUCCAGAAACUUAUAGCCUCCAAGACAAAUGAUCAUGAAGGAUUUUAUCUCCUUAACAGCAUACUAGAGCACAUGCCGAGAGCGGUAAUAGACCCAUACCACAAGCAGAUCUUUAUUCUCCUUUUCCAAAGAUUAUCCAGUUCAAAAACAACAAAAUACAUUAAAAGUUUGCUUGUUUUCUUCUCUCUGUAUGCCACCAUCUUUGGAGCCAGUCAGUUGGUAGAACUGAUUGAUGGAAUUCAACCAAGGAUGUUUGGUAUGGUUUUGGAGAAGCUGUAUCUACAAGACCUACAGAAGAUCUCGGGGGACGUGGAACAGAAGAUCUGUGCGGUGGGCGUCACUAACAUACUGACCGAGGCUCCAGCCAUGCUGCAGAACUACGAGGCUUUCUGGUGUAAACUUCUUCAAGCACUGGUUAGUCUGUUUGAACUACCCAAAGAUGAAUCCACACCAGACGAUGAGCACUUCAUUGAGAUUGAAGACACACCAGGCUACCAAACAGUUUAUUCCCAACUGGCCUUUGCUGGCAAAAAAGAAAAUGACCCAUUGGCAAAGUCAGUGCCUGAUGCCAAGGUUUAUCUCGCCAAACAACUUGCUAAACUUUCUGCAGCAAACCCAGGGAAGAUUGCUCCAUUGAUUCGAAGUGGUUUAGAAGAAGGCGCCCAGACCUUUCUGCAGAAAUACUUCACAGCAGCCAAUGUCUCCAUUGCAUGAUAAAAAUACUCUUUUCAGAAAAGACUAUGUCAUGGCCAUAUGUGUGCUGCCCUUUGACUCAAGGCUGAUCUGUUAGAUACAUCGCUCAGUGUUCAUUGUUCUCCUACCUGAACUUACUUGUACUUCGUCCUAGAUGUUGUGCAAAGCAUGGACUACAAAAUAUCAAUCUAUUGUGCAAGCUUUGUAAACUUUGGGUUCAAAAAUUGAAAGAAAAGUGCUAUGUUAUGUUAUUAAUAAAUUAUGAAUUAAAAUAAGGGUUUUGUGGAUUACU